AUGUCAGACAUAUCGCUGACGCUUGGUCCUCAGUUCUGGGGCCAAAUUUUCAGUACACUGGACGUGUCGACAACGGCACUCGUAUCUGAAGCGUUGUACUACUAUCUGAUUACAAGUGCAGGAAAUCCAAGUGCACUUUUAGUAAUUAGAAGAUCACAACAGUUCUAUGCAAGCCGCAUCUACAAAUCCAGGACUAGUCGCAUUGGACAGCUAGCAGGCUAUGUUGUAAGCAUCCUCUCUGCCGUCUCAAUCGGAUUUGGACUCGCCGCCCUGUAUGAGCUACACGCGAGCGGCUUGAAAUUCUCGUCCCUUGUAACACCAAAAUACAAGGCGUCACCACUUGCACGUGCAUAUCACUAUAUCUUGCAUAUCCACUGGAAGGGUAUUGGAUUUGAGUUGAACUUACAAUUAUACAUCAGGGUCCCGUUUCAUUUUCUCAUGCCUAAACUGCAUGUGAAUACACUUUAUAUUAAGAAAAGUACGGGAGUUUACGUCUCUGUUGACAAGCACGUUUCGAUUGACCCCGAACGUAUCACACGAAAUUCGAUGCCGACGAACCCUUCGCUCACGACAUGCGGUGAAGAACAUGGACACAGUGCCAUUGAGCUGUCAGAUUUCGGGAAGGGAGCUUCAAUUGCGUAA